ACGUCGGGCACGCGCGCGAUUAAGAUGGAGGAAGGUGGGAGAGGCGUUCGUGCUCAACCUGCUGUCCACGCUGGCGAGCUAGACAGAUAGAUGGGAAGGCGAAACACAGCCCGACCGACGACUGGGACACCAACGCGGGGUAUGGGUGGACGCGGGACGGGAGGUGUCUGACGGCCACACAGGAGCGACACACAGAGCCGCACAAGAGACAAGACACUCAGCGAGCGUGUGUGGGCGGCACGCGCGCGGACGCUGCCCUGGUUAGUCAGGAGGCAGUCACGAGGUCGUCAUUGGCUAGGCGAGCGUGGGGGUCACAAACACGCUCCCAAUCACCACGCACCUCAAGCUGCCCUCGCACCCCGGCAACAACCUCUGCCUGUCGCGGCUGCGCCCGCGCGGCGUGUGCUGCGCCUACUCGGGCGUCGGCAUGGGCGUGGUGCACCAAGGCGCGCCGGGCAGGUCGUGGACGGUCGAGGAGACCCACCCGUACAUGCUUUUCCUGCAGCGCUGGUGGCUGACGGGGCAGGCCGUCUGGCGCGGCUACAGCGUUCUCUCGCUCGACACGGACCUCCACCUCUCCACCAACCCGCUGGCGAUGCUGCGCGCGCCGCCGUACUCCACCUUCGACGCCCUCAUGCAGCUCGACUCGGCGUGGGCGGUGCAAGGCGACUCCGAGGGCCAGUGCGAAGCCACGGCCCCCCUGUCGCCAGUCGCUUGGGGCGUGGGUAGGGCUCCCCUGUCGCCAGUCGCUUGGGGCGUGGGUAGGGCUCCCCUGUCGCCAGUCGCUUGGGGCGUGGGGCUCGCGUCUUGGGAGGGAGGCCCCCUGCCCACUACCACAGGCGCCGUCGACCCGCACGCCGACGUGCAGUACCCUACCAUCCCGGCGCCGUCGACCCGCACGCGGUAUGGGCGCAAGACGUGGUAA